AUGAGAGUACAUGACCCUGACCGACCUCCCCCUAGUCUGCCUCUCGUGACUCACUCGAAGCUGAGUUCUUUCGUGAUCACUGAAGCAGAAGUCAGUUCUCACACAUUUCACAGGUGCGCUAGGCAGCUGGCUGCUCCUCUUGCCUCACUUUUCCAAAGAUGCCUGAGGUCACAGAGAUCGGCUUCAGACCUACUUCUGCACCUAACUACAAUAUGGCACCAAGCUCUUGAUACCCGCAAGGACACCUUCGUUGUUGAACUCGAUAUAGCUUUUGACAGAUUGUGGCACAAGGGCUUUGCAUCGAAGUUGAAGAGCUUUGGAAUUGACGGCAAUCUACUAAUGCUACUCGAGGACUACACCCAAGAAAGAACACUAAGAGUUUUUGUUAAUGGUCACACAUCCAGGGAAUUCCCCUUUCAAGCCAGUGUACCACAAGGCAGUCUCAUCCCUGAAGCUUUUGCUUACGCUGACGAUUGCACUCUCACAUUCACCUGCGAUACCCAAAACCGCACAGACGCAGUUAGACACAUAAAUGACACACUUGACUAUAUAAUCUAUUGGGGUAAAAGGUGGCAGGUUACUCUGGCACCAGAUAAAACCCAAGCAAUGAUUAUAUCUAGACGUCAGACACCGGACAACGCCCUUGGAUCCAUCAUAAAGCUAAAUAACGAAGCCGUCAGUAUUAGCAAGAAUAUCAACAUCCUUGGCGUACAGACUGAUAAUCACCUUAACCUUCACCUACUUUCCUCAAAGAGUUAG